CCUGAAGUUUCCCAGAGCCCGACUCGGUUCCCCAGGGACCCACACGGCUUUCUUUCUCCCCCCUUCACCCCCCACCGAGGACCCACGAGUGAGCCGGUGGGGGCGCCGCGCGGCCUCGGGCUGGGCGCCAUGGACGCCUUCAUCCGCUUUACCAACCAGACCCAAGGCCGCGACCGGCUUUUCAGAGCCACUCAAUACACAUGCAUGUUGCUUAGAUAUUUGUUAGAGCCUAAAGCUGGCAGAGAGGAGGUGGUAAUGAAGCUCAAGAAACUGGAGUCCAGUGUGAGCACUGGCCGUAAAUGGUUCAGACUAGGCAAUGUGGUCCAUGCCAUCCAGGCAACUGAGCAGAGUAUCCAGGCCACUGACCCCGUGCCUCGCUUAUGCCUAACAUUAGCCAACCUGAACCGUGUUGUUUAUUUCAUCUGUGAUGCUGUACUCUGGGCGAAGAAUGUAGGUCUGACCUCUGGCAACAACAGAGAGAAAUGGCAAAUGUGGUCUGCCCGCCACUACUACUAUUUUCUUCUUCUGAGCCUGGUCAGAGAUCUAUAUGAAAUCACCCUGCAGAUGGGACGGGUUGCACACGACAAGGUGAAGGUAGAGAAAUCAUCCCAGGAUCCUCUUGGCUAUAGUGUGAUUGAUGAAGAAACUGAGUGGCUCCAGUCCUUUCUCCUAUUCUUAUUCCGAUCUCUGAAGCGGCAUCCUCCCUUGCUUCUGGACACAGUGAAGAACUUCUGUGACAUACUGAUCCCUUUGAACCAGCUAGGGAUCUAUAAGUCCAAUCCUGGCAUCAUUGGACUUGGAGGUCUUGUGUCCUCCCUGGCUGGAAUCAUCACUAUAGUGUACCCUCAGAUGAAGCUGAAGAUCUGCUAGGGUGCUCAGAGGCUGUAAAGCUGAUGUUUUAGUAAUCUGGGUUGGCCAUAACCCAUGUCUUACUGUGUUUAAGAUUUUCACGGGAGUGUCUACCAACCUGGAAUGUGAGCAGAAGGCUGAUACCAUUUUUAAACUGGUGAAGUCAUUUCUGAAUUUUUGAAUAUUUUCCCUAAACUAACAUUACUGAGCAUCUCUUUGUGCAUUUAAGACUUAAAUUUUGCUAAAUGAAUAAAAAUUGAAAUACACUCAAUCAAACUAAUAUGUGGACACUAAUAUGCACGUGGACUGGACUAUGUGGGCCCUUGGCUUCAGACAGUACAGCAGCUGGUGCACAGUAGUCUCCACACUGGUAAAGGCCUCCUUUUCCUCCCAUCACUUACUGCUCCCCCACCUCCACAGAUGGCAUUACCAGGAUGGAGGGGAACUGGACUUAAGAGUCUCUUAGCUUGUGGGCCCUGGCCAUUAAUGCAUUAUGUCUUUGCCAUGCCUGAAAGGAGACAGAAAAGCAUGAGCACAUUCAUGGUAUAAGUUGUGUCUAUGGGGAGAAGUCUCUCUGUAACGCAGUGAGUAAGCAAAGUGAAGUAGGAGAGAACCGAGGAAAAAGUAGGUGGAAGGUCACAGCAGUGCCUAUUAUGUAGGUAGACUUGACAGAUAUGGACAUUGACACUGGAAAGCAAACAACAGUGAGAUCAGAGACUCAUUCUGAUUUCCUUCCCAGGGCAUUUUCUGUGGCAUCUGUGGCCUUCAAUAGAAUGCCAGGCUCCAGAGUCAUCUGCCUUUUGCCUCUUACCUUCAUGACUAGGAACUUUUGACAGUGGAUUAUAUAGUCUACAAAAACUAAAACAAUCUAGAGAUAUCUAAUUGAUUUAACAUUACAUGAAAGUUUGAGAAAUUUCACAUUAUUUUUCAUUAAAAUGUAUGCAGCUAAAUGUUUCCUAUCUGCUGUGAAUGUAGGAAGGUCACAGUUCUCUGAGACUUGCUUAUAGGGUGACUUGGACAGGUGGAAAAGAGCAGUCAUGGCCAGUUACAAGGACAUGAGAUGUUAAAGAGUCAGUGGCAUUAACUUUUCUUUUUACUUUCCAUCUCAGGUGUGGGUUUUUCUUUUGACCUCCUUUAGUUUGAGGGGAGUUAACUAGGGAUACAGGGUGCUAUCAGGUAGACCAGUGUCGGCACCACCAGUGAGGCCGUAUCAUCUGUCUGAAUGGAAAUGAGAAAUAUGCACUGAAUAAUUAUUUCCCAUAAAAGUGAUGAAGACUUGAAAGGUAGACUCAGGUCCUUGUUUCUCUGUGUUUAUAAAGUGAUCAAAGUAUGUGACUUGAGAAAACAUUUUCAGGUAUUUUUUAAGAGAAAUGAAAGCUGCUAGGGCAAAGAAAUAAGUUUAAACAACUAUUUGUACUAAACAGAUUAUGUCCAAUAAAUUUGUAAACAAAAUUGA